AUGUACAUCGACCCCGUCCCGGUUAUACUUCCUUGGGAACUCCACCUCACCAUUCUGGAUUUCGUUGAAGACGACAAGACGCUAUGUGCAAGCUCUCUCGUAUGCAAGUCAUGGCUUUCUUGGGCACAGAAAGCUCUCUACAGCACCAUUGAAGCAAACGUAACCAAGUGGCCCAUAUUGUGCCGAUCCCUCACCUCAAAUCCUACACUAGGCAAACAUAUCCGAGAGCUGGCACUGCAAGACCUUCCUUUGUCCAGUAUCCACCCUCCACACAACCUUCACAUUCAAAACGUUCGAACGUUACGUAUAGUGGACAUGGACACAGCAAGUCCCAUCAUCAUGGAGAUUGUCUCGCACUGUAAGCACUCGAUUGAGCGACUCAGCUUGCGCGACACGUCGUCGCCAAACGAAGCUAGCUUUAUGUCUCUCCUCACCACCCUCCCAAUGCUCAAGCACGUCGACUUGUGUAACAACUUCUUUCGAUCACCAGGGUUGCCCUCAACCGCGACCUUGGGCGGCCUCUCAAUCCCUUCGAAUAUGCGGUCACUACGUCUCAUAUGCGAUCCUCCUGGAUUUGGGCCGACCUGCUUCGUGGCACAGGCGCUAUUUCGUCAUUUGCGCUUCCUCUCUCGGCUAUCUAUCCUCACGAUCCGUGUCGUUCCAGGCGAUGCACCUCUCUUCGCCCGUUUCCUGGAGGCCGUUGGGGGCAACCUACUGGAGCUCAACGUUGGUUUCACAGAAUCGGUCGAAACAGAACUGUUCCGCGACAACACAUUGUCGCUAUCGGCAUGUCCCAACCUCCGACUUUUCGGAUUGCAUCUGAAGCUUUGGCGGGCUGCUCGCGGUUUCGAACACCUUACAUGGGUUCCCGCCCUCCUUUCUACCGUGCGCGCAACCCGCAUGAAGCGAUUCAAGCUUGCGAUCCGCGCUCAGCAUGCCAGACUGGCAGACCUGUCGGUGAUGGGUCUUGACAAGAUUGAUAAUGUCCUCAAGAGUGACGCUUUCGCGUCCCUACAACGUGUCCUUGUGAGGAUAGUCGAGGUGAAAACACGCACAGGAGUCCAGGAGUACAUUGAGGGACAGCUCAACGGACUGGUCACUCGUGGCUUGCUGUCCCUACAUGUGCAGCAAUCAUUUAGUUCUCGCUUCUCUUAG